AUGGGUAUUGUGGCGUCCAAGGGAGAUAAUAAUACUCCAUUGUUGAGUCUUUGUAAGGAGAGGAAAGAACUGAUCAAAGCAGCAAGAGAUGCUAGGUAUCACUUAGCUAGAUCUCAUCUUCUUUACUUCAAAUCUCUUUUAGAUUUCACCAAAGCUCUUAAUCACUUUGUGCACAAGGAUUUGGUUGUGAUUCCAUAUUCUGAUGAUGAUGAUGAUUCCUCAAGUAGCGAUCUGGUUUGUUCUGGAUCAUGUUCAGACACGGAGUCGGAUUCAGAUUCUGUUUUCGUAUGUGAUCAGUCUCAACCAGUUUCUGUGAGCAACAGUAAUGAUGAUCAGAAUCAGGGGCAAAACGUGUUUGGUGACGGAACUUGUUGUUCAAGUAACAAUGGACAAGAGGGUAUGGAGAAAUCAAACGAAGGUUUAGGGUCUGAGGGGGAAAAGUUGGUGAGUGAUCCAGCUGAAGAUGAGAAGGAAGGUUUGCAAAACGUUUCUUCUGUUGAACAGAACCCUUACCUAGAUCAUGAUAUAUUUGGUUUGUACGGUCCCAAAGUACAGGAUUGGGAUUUCAUCCAACCGGUUCGAAGAGAUGAUGAGGUUGAGAGCGAUGGGUUUAGAGAAAUUAGAGAGAGAGAAGGGAUUCCUGAUUUGGAACCUGACAGUGAUCAUGAUAGUCUUAUAAGGAAGAAUCAAAAGAAGAAUAAGAAGAAGAAGAAGAAUGCUAAAGAAAGCUCUUAUGUUGCUUGUGGAAUUGAUAAGAUAGAUGUUGAUGAAGUAACUACUUGUAAUGGUCAAGCUUCAGGUGAGGUUGAUGAUUCUAAUGAAACUUGUGCGGGUGAGACAGUGAACACUCCAGAGAAUGUUACUGAAAGAGUGGCAAGUUUAGAUGAGGAAGUUUGUGAUGAAGCGUAUGAGUCUACUUCUUCUUCUUUUACGGAAUCAUCUUGCUCGGGAUUGACUGAUCUUAGGAAUGUAGUAGAAAAGAUCAAUGGUAUAUGCGAGAAAGCUGUGAGUAAUACUGAAGUUUCUGAGUUGCUUGAAGUAAGCAAAGUUGUCCAUCAUCAACCUUUAGGAUCUCAAGUUAAGGGAUUUGCUUCAAAGGUACUUGGUAGUUCGGGGAACUCGAAUCGAGAUUUGCUGUUAAGGCGCCGUUUUCGCUUAGAUGAUCUAGCUGUUUCACUCUCCAUGACAUUAGAGAAGCUUUAUAUGUGGGAAAAGAAGCUUCACGCAGAAGUUACAGUUGAAGAAAAGCUUAGGGUUUCUUAUGACAAAGCGUACAUGAUUCUUCAGAAUCUUGAUAACAACGGAGCAGAAUCGAGCGAGCUUUACAAGGCUGAAACUGUUGUUAAAUUCCAUUUAUCCAAGAUUAAUGUUUCGGUCAGAGCAGUUGAAUCGAUUUCUAUGAGAAUUCAUAAGAUAAGAGACGAAGAGCUUUCGUGUCAGGUGACUGAGAUCAUCAACGGAUUCAAAAAGAUGUGGAGAUUCUUGGCGAAAUGUCACCACAAGCAGUUUCAAGUGAUGGCUAGAAGCAAUAGCUGUGUUCACAUUGUUGAAAAGGGAUCGAGCUCGAGGAAAGCAACACAGAAGGUCGAAGAACAGAUUGGAAAGUACAGAGAAUCUUUGAAAGGUUACAUCGAUGCACAAAGAGGUUUUGUUAAGCUCUUAAACGAGUGGCUUAACAGAAACAUCAUGGAGGAUGAUGAAACGGAGACCGAGGCCGAGGCUCCUGAGAUAUUUAAGAUUUGCAGCGAGUGGUUGAGAGAGAUUGAGAAUGUUGAUGAGGUUAAAGUGCUGAGUGCUGUUGAAGAAAUGAUAUUGAGGUUUCGAGGGUUAGGGUUUAAGCAAGUAGAGGAAGAAAAACAGAGGACGAGAACAGAGAGAUUGUCUAAGGAGUUGGAGAGGCAGACGAAAGAACUGGAGGAGAUUUUGGGAAGAGCGGUUGUUUUUCCGGCAAAUGACUCUGGUCUGGCGGCGAACAUGACGCUUGGACCGGAGUUGUUGUCUCUGAGAGAGAGUGUGACGCAAGAAACAGAGAAGCAUGAGAGAAUGAUAAGAGAGUUAAACGACGCCGUAUCGAUGAGUUUGCUAGAGUGUUUGGUUCCCAUCUUUGAGGCUUUGGAGGAAUUUUGUUUUGCUAAUUAUAAAGCAUAUAAGAACAUUAGAAUCGUUCCCACAGAAACAUUAUUAUUAUUGCUUUGUCAAACAUAA